UGAAUAAAGAGAAUUGCCGCAAGCCAGCGACAGCUGUUGGCUUUGGAGUUAGUACGUACGCACACACUCACUCUCCGUUUAGGGUUUCAUUUUUUAUGUUCUGUGCUUUUGGGUCGGUGUUAAUUCCCCUGGCGGAGGAGAAAGACUGCUGUGAUGGUUUAAUAACGAUAUGAAGGAGGAGCGUUGCGUUUGAUUUACCAUCACUGCAUUCUUUCGCAGCCCUUGGCUUUCCCGGAAGUAUCUUGGAUACCUGAUUGAUGGGUGCCCCUAAGCAGAAGUGGACUCCAGAAGAAGAAGCAGCCCUUAAAGCUGGCAUUGCAAAGUAUGGUGUAGGCAAAUGGAGUACAAUUCUUAAAGAUCCGGAGUUCAGUGCAGUCUUGCGCUCACGCUCAAAUGUGGAUCUUAAGGAUAAGUGGAGAAACAUAAAUGUGAUGGCCAAUGGGUGGGGCUCUCGGCAGAGAGGUAGGCCUGGAUAUAAAAUUGCUCAGCAGACUGCCAAGCUUGAGGAUAUUACUAGGGACCUUAGCCCUGUGGUUACUAAUGUUCCAGAACUUGUUGAUGCUGAACCUCUUUCAGUAAUCAGUGUAAAAGAGCCAAACUCCAGCUCCAAAACGCCAAUUUCAAGGUUGGAUGAUCUUAUAUUGGAGGCUAUUGCAAAGUUGAAGGAACCCCGUGGUUCUAACCGGGCUGCAAUUUCUCUGUACAUAGAGGAGCGUUACUUGACUCCUCCAAAUUUUGAGAGACUGUUAGCUGCAAACUUGAAGCUUCUGACAGAAAAAGGGCGACUGAUUAAGGUAAAGCAUCAGUACAGGAUUGCUCCAACUUCAGCCACUAUUGAUUUAGGGAUAGACCCUCCUCCUUUGCUUUUGGAGGUAGUGCAAAAGGACUCUUCAAACGGAGAGAAGAAAGGAACCAAAGUUCUGACUAAAGCUCAGAUUGAUGCUGAGCUGGAGAGGUUGAGGAGCAUGACAGCAGCGGAGGCUGCUGCAGCUGCUGCACAAGCAGUUGCAGAAGCAGAAGCUGCAAUAGCAGAGGCUGAGGUGGCUGCAAGGGAAGCUGAAGAGGCAGAAGCAGAGGCAGAAGCAGCACAGUGUUUUGCUGAAGCAGCAUUGAAGGCAUUGAAAUGUAGAACUGUUCUUGUCUGAUUGUCUCGCCCUUUGAUCGUUGGAACUCAGCCAUGCCCUGACAAUGGUUACUCCCUUCUUGCCCCCUCUUCUGCAAGCAUGUUAAUAAUUGUAGAUAUAGCUAGUUUUGUAAAUCUGAAGGGGGUUUUUGUCCAUAGUGUUUGGAUUAUUAUUAGCUUCUCUUUGAUAGAUUUUACAAUGAAAAUGGAAGGAGAGAGUUUAAAUAUAGUUUCAGAUGCUUAACUGGAAAUAUGAGCAACGGACAUUGUGGCCCUUCAUUGAAGCGAAGCACUGCAUCUUUUAUGUCUCUGAGCCA